UACGUGUGUAUUCAUAAGGUGUUCACGGCGAUUACAUGUGAUCAGUUCAUGAACGCUGGCAUGAUUGCACGUGAACGAACUAGAAAACGGAAUCAGAAGUCCCGUUUGUGAACAAUAACCUGAUUAAUCAUACUUGAUUAACCAUCAAAAGGUGAGGUUGUUUUCGAUGGGAAGGUUUGUACAUCAACUAUAGCACCUGGCUGGAAAUAUCCUGAGCUGAAAAUGGAAAAAUGUCUACCGUCAGUUUGCUCCACAAACCGCUCGUUGAGCUUAUGGUAUACACUGAAAAUGAGUGUUCGUUUGAGAAGGAACCCCGAACCAAUAUGGUCGAACCGUGAAGUUGAACAGUUUUGGGCUAUUUUGGAGCCAUACAUACGACAGCUGGUUAGCGGCGAGAUUCCGACCUUACUUGAUGAUUUUCAAUUUCUUGAAGAAGAAAUUACGGACACUGUAAACUAUGAUAGAAAGAUAUUUAUACAGAAUAUUCACGAUAGCAUGUGGCACGGAAGAUACAGUUCAGCGGUGGCAAAUCUGAAAGCGCUUCGAAGGUUUUCUGGCUCCUGUGGUGUAAGUAGCUUCGACGAAAGCUCAGACAUAGAAGAGUUGAAAAGAAUAUUUAUCCAAAGACCCUUAAUGAAUUUCAGAGAUCGUAUGAUUCCAACAAGAAACCGCUGCACGCCGUCUACGAAAUACUGAAACCGAUUGUGAAUGUCUAGUCUUAACCAAUCUUGACCAUUGCAGACAAACUCACAAAGUGAAAAAAAUUGAAAAAUGUCAAACUGACAAAGAAGUGUUUUCUGCCGGGUAAACAGGCGAAUCGAUGGUCCCAAUUUUUUAUAAAUAUGUUGUAUUUUAUAUUUAUUCUCUGAUAUAAUUAUAAACUAUAUUUUAAAACUUGUAAAUACGAUUAAUGUUAUACUGUUAAUUUCCCUACUGGAGGUUUAUAUAUAUAAAUUAAGUCUUGAAUAUAACAACGGGUAAUAUAUUCACUGUAAAUAGAUGUUUGUAAAUUUGUGUUAUUAAACGCUUUUUCAAGAUUUUUUGUACCAUGAAUAAACUUGCCGAAUUUAAAAACUGUAUGUCAUUUUAUCAAAAACCAUCAAAUAGAAGUUUCUAUUUUAGCGCAUUUGCUAUCCUUUUGCGCAUGCUCGAUAUACGCUAAGUCAUUGCAAUUUUCUAAAUUCGUAAGGAUAUGAUGGGAUGAUAAAAAAUUAGCAGAAGAGUGUGGCAAACAUUCCACAACAUUGAUCAUAUGAUUUUGGUUGGGAGUGUGAUGAAAUGGCAAAACGAACAUCAAGUCAUGACCACAUAUAAUAAUAGUGCUGUUCUUUAUUCAGCCUUGAAAUAUAAAAACAACAAUUUUGUACGUAUGACAGUAGAACUGUAGUCUUUCAAGGUGGCCAUCAACGCACAAGCCGCCGUAUAUAGCCUACGUGCGAU